CGAAUGCUAUGCGAUGCCCUUGCCUAUGACAGAGUUGGCCUGAAGGUCAGACACCACGAUCAAUAGGAGGGCUGGUUGCUGCAAGGUGCUAAUUGACAUCCCCCAAGAGAAACAGUGUCAACAAUCAAUAGAGGAGACACUGGCGUAGGUAGAUUUAUGGCUUUGAUUUUGAAAGGGUGCGGGAAUGCCCAGUGAUGCUCUGCCCUGCACUCGUUUUGAAUGUUAAUGUUUUCUUGAGGAUGAUUUCAGACUCUCUGCGAGGAUACUGCCUCUACUCACUGAAGCAGAAUCCUCUGAAGAGUUGCUGAGGCGGAACUGAAAUCAUGGCUUGCCUCAAAGAAGCAGCUGUAGUGGCCGCUAACCGUGCCUCACACGGGUGGAAGAUGCCCCUUUCACUCGGGGUUUUAAUGGGAUAUUUCUAAGCCUGAGACAACAGCUUUGGAGCUGGGGUGUGCCCUCGCUGCUCGCUGCUACCUCUGUCUACUGCUCGCACUCAGCCGGGCAGGAACGAAUGGAAACGAGACAGGCUUCUAACUACCUGUAACUGUUUUCACCACGGAAUGGAUCAAGCGUCUGCCCAGCCAGAUCCAGCGCACACAAUUGGACCUGGCAGAGGGACGACACAGAUGCUCCGAAUGCUGGGGACAGCCCACCAGGGCCAGCCACUGCUAUAAACGCAGCCUCUCCAGGAAGCAGCCACCAUGUUCUCUGCAAACUGAGAAUGGAAGAACAGGAAGCCAGGAAAGUCUGUGCUUUGGAUUUCCUGGAUGAUGGAUGGGGGACAGCCCAUCCCUUCACCUCUGGUACCCCUCGGGAACUUAUCAGAUUCUAGCAUGUCGCUGGAACAGAAAACAACAUUUGUUUUUGUGAUUUUGUUGUUCAUCUUUCUGGGCAUCCUCAUUGUCAGAUGCUUCCGGAUUCUUCUAGACCCAUAUCGGAGCAUGCCAACCUCAACCUGGGCUGAUGGGCUUGAAGGCCUAGAGAAAGGGCAGUUUGAUCAUGCCCUUGCCUAGCGGGGACAAAGUAGGCUGCCCUCCUAAAGAGGCAAAGUGUUUUAUGUCUGAUCGAAGCUUCCUUUUUGUUAACAUUCUCAACAAAUCAAAUUUUAGCCAUAUCUGACCUUAGGACAAUGAUUCGUUAUUUCAUAAACAUGCUAUUGUAUUAAAGGUGUCUUAUUUGAGGAUAAUGGAAAGUUUAUAUUAUGUAGGAAGGUACAGACAUUGGUGUUUACUCAAUGAAGGGAUAUUGUUACAGAUGUGAUUGUAAAACCAAGACUUCUUUGUCAACUGAAGGAUCUCUGAUCAGAGCAGAGUACAAACAAUAAGAGAAAAUCUGAUCUGUGUCAGAGGACCAAGCUGAGAAGAGACUACCUUGCUCAAAUAGUGCCUCUCAGUUUUAUUUUGUACACAUUUAGGCCCUGGGCAGAGUGAUGAAGCUGGGGCAGAGACAACCAUAAGCCGGCACCCAUUUUCUCCCAAAGCAGGGAGCACUAGGCCGCAGAAAGAUAGAUAUUUACUUGGUAAAUUUGGAUGAGAAAGCUAUCAUUUUCAUUUUUACAUAACAUUAAACUCAAAAGUCUACAGAGUCUUGAAAUGACCAAGCCAAACCCAAUCUCUGUAUUCCUAUGGCUAACACACGUAGAUGCACUGAUGUAUAAUCUGAAUUCAUUGUCUUUACCUUUCUAAUGGAACUCACGGAUUACAAGUGUAGCUUCAGGACUUUGUUUUAAAAGAAAGUUCACCGCUUAGCAAGAAGACUGUGGUUAUA